AUGAACUCGCGAUGGACACUCCACUCGGUUUCUCUUUCGAAAACAUUUUAUACGCGCAGAGUGUGUGCGUUUCCUCUUUUGCCGACACGACGAGGCGUCAAGUCGAGCGCGGUUCAAACUACGAGUAACUCUCAAGGUCGUAAAGACUCUGGACCAAGUCCCCUUAGUCCACUAUCACGUAUAUACGCGCGUGGUAUUCCAGAAGAGCGCGUACGACCGCGUUUGGAUACAACAAAAGAACGACAUAAGCGCGAAAAGGCGCCAGAGAUACAGUACAAGCCGUCCAAGGGUCUCAAGAAUGGUCCCUCAUCGCCUAGAAAGCUCGUCGUCGCAUCGACUACGCGCCCCUCGCGGGUGCCCAUCUGGGCUCGCCCUGCUUCUGCGCAGACACAAAAAGUUGAACGACCAAAGGCACCUGGUGGUGUAUCUUGGUCUGAACAUCGUGCUAGAUUAAAAGAACGAUAUCCGGAGCGAUGGAACCCGUCGAAAAAGGUGUCACGCGAGGCGAUGGAGUCGAUGCGCGAGUUGAAUAAAUUGGAUCCUGUCAAAUACCCUUCAUUCGUACUGGCUCAACGGUUUGGGAUUAGCCCCGAGUCUGCGAGACGAAUCUUGAAGAGCAAGUGGAGGAUGAGCGAGGAGGAGAAGCAGGCAGAGGUGGAAAAAGAGAGGAAGAAGAGGGCGGAGAGGAUUCGUGCGAUGAAAGAAGAGGAAAUGCACCAGCUAGUGCGAGCGGGAAUCAAGCUCAAGGUGCACCCAGACGACGAGCUGUCGCUACGAUGA